AUGACUGAUAACGGAGCCAAUGACUUUUGCCCAGUCAUCGAUUGCUACAACCUGUCAGAGACUUCAAUUCAAGCAUAUCCUGACAUCUCGGGCAAUGGUGUUUUGAUUGGCUUUAUGGGAACAGCCUAUCUUGUACUGUUGUUGGUCAUUGGCAACUAUUUCCUCGCAUAUGACCCCACGGACUGUCCCUUUCACAGCGGGAACUCCAAGAAUGAGAGCAUAAAUAGAGAGCUGUGGCGGCCAAAUCCGAUCGAUGAGAGGUUCCUUAGGUGGUCAAUCAUCAUGCUCUGUGACGUACAAGUCGUCACUGGGCUCGGCAUUCUGAUUAGCGGAUUUGUCCUCUUACGAUGUGGUCUGGACGCUAUUCACUGGCAAAUAGCCGUCUUCUUAGCGUGGUUUUCUACCGUCACCCAUCUAUCUGGGCUAACGGUUCUUCGGACUCACCUCAACACCUAUGUCUGGUCCAAGCAUCUGCGAUUUUCACUCAUGUUCCUUCUCCUGAUUCUUCUCCUAGUGGGAAUCGUACCCACCGGAUUCUUCAGCCUGCGGAACAAGAACUUUUCCUCGCCAGCAGUAUGCUACUUUGACCUGAAGUAUGGCUUCUGGAGAUUCAACGAAACCUUGAGUCAAAGCGACUUCCCGGAGGUGCAGCUGGAACGUACGCCGGCAUAUCAGGCUAUGGUAUACUCCAUGGUCUUGCUUGUUCUCGGCUUUGGUACCCGGUCUAUGAAGUUGCUCCACCCGUUGUCUAGGACGUUCAAACUCAACGUCAGGAAGCCAAUGAGUCGUCGCGUGAGAAGACUUUUGACAAACUUCUCAGACGCACCGGCAUCAUCAGAUCGCAGGAAAAUGCUCAGGACUGAGCUCAUCUUGAAGCCUGCUUUGGCAGGGUUCUUUAUGGUCAGACUGACGUCAGACUUUUUCAGCUCGUCCCUUUUUGAGGUUUACUGGCUCUGCGUGAUCCUAGUCUGGGGCAUUAUUAAACUUCUUGGUACCCGGAAUGAGCUCCUUGGCCUCAUCGUUACAGCCGUCGACGAAGAUCAGCUCACGCUGGCUGAGGCGGAGAACCAGUGGACUUUUGGGCAAAUACUGCCUGUAAUCCUCUUGUUCGGCCCGGUCUUCACGAUAUUCGGCACCUUUGUUCACCACAUCACUAAGCCGGACUCUGCAGACUCGCAGCCUCAACAGCACGAUGUCUAUUCAGAUAGCGGGUCCAAUGGGGCCGCCAUGUCCGGCACGACGGUGGCUCCCAGUCGCGCCACAUCAUUCGGACAAGAGAGUACGAAGAUAGCAUCGAAGGAUGCGGAACCCACGGAGAACGCCGCCGACUCUCACGCUGGCUCGUACGAUACGGAUGAGGCUUUUCAUCAGGCUAUCCCGCAUCUUGAAGAUUACAGGUGCGCGUCUUGGCUGCCCGUCUGCGCAGCCUUCCCGUUUCUCGGGCUGCUAGCAGCGGUGAUGAUGGCCUUUGCAGCGUCGUUCGUUUUCAACAACUACUUCCAGCCAGGCCUGACGCUAUACGAUCUCUGGAUCAGCGACCUCAAUUUUGUCUGCAAUCUGUUCAUCAACUACCCCUGCGCUUGUGCAACGACCAUCCGAUUGGGCCUGUGGAUGGAAGGAAAGCAUCCAGCGAAUAGUGCGCCCCAAGGAUGGAGAAAAUUACUGUUCUUCUGCGCCUGUGCAAUCAUUUACUGUGCGGACUUUCUACUGACGAUGAGAAGGCCGCACAUUUUUGAGCUUUCUCAUCGGUGGCUGUCGAUAUCACCGAUUGGUGGGCUGAUAGUCACUUUGUGCUUGUACAUCUCCCACGCCGCUGUCUUGUCUCUGGGGACAUUGAGGAAUAAUGUCUCUGCAGCAUGA